AUGUCAAGUGGAUCAGAACCGGAAUCGGAAUCUGACUUUUAUUCAGAUGCUGAUGCAGAUGAUUUCAUGCCAUCUCCUCCUCAAAAGAAAUCAAAAUCAAAACAACCAUUAGCUGAUUCAACCAAUAGCAGCAUCAGAAAGGGCAACAAUGCUUCUGAUCAGUAUCAAAAAUUGUCUCAAUUGGAACAUAUCUUAAAGAGACCUGAUACGUAUAUUGGAUCGGUUGAAAAAACCGCCAUGGAAUUAUGGUGUUUUGAUGCUGAAACUGAAUCAAUGGUAUAUAAAGAAGUUAAUAUCGUUCCUGGGUUAUAUAAGAUCUUUGAUGAAAUAUUAGUAAAUGCUGCUGAUAAUAAAAUUAGAGAUUCAUCCAUGAAAAAUAUUAGGGUUAAGAUUGAUCCUGAAAAUAAUGUUAUUGAAGUUAUGAAUGAUGGUAAGGGUAUCCCUAUUGAAAUCCACGAUAAAGAAAAGAUUUAUAUUCCAGAAUUGAUCUUUGGUAAUUUAUUAACUUCAUCAAAUUAUGAUGAUGAAGAAAAGAAAGUCACUGGUGGUAGAAAUGGGUAUGGGGCUAAAUUAUGUAAUAUAUUCUCCACUGAAUUUCAAUUAGAAACUUCUGAUUUGAAUACCGAAAAGAAUUAUAAACAAGUUUGGUCAAAUAAUAUGUCUACUGUUACUAAACCCAAAAUUGUGAAAUUGAAAACUAAAAAGGAAUUCACAAGAGUUACAUUUAAACCAGAUUUAGAAAAGUUUGGUAUGGAUUCGUUGGAUGAAGAGAUCUUAUCAGUGUUAAGAAGAAGAGUCUAUGAUUUAUGUGGUACAGUUAAAGAUUGUAAUAUUUAUCUUAAUGAUAAAAAGUUAAAUAUUAAGAAUUUCAAAGGAUAUAUUGAAAUGUAUGUUAAAGCCAUUAAGGAAAGAUCACCAGAACCGAUUGCAACUGAAGAAAACAAAUCAUUCACAACUUUAGUUCAUGAAGUUGUUAGUGAUAGAUGGGAAAUUGGAUUUGCUGUUAGUGAUGGAAGUUUUAAUCAAGUAAGUUUUGUUAAUUCAAUUGCCACAACCUCAGGUGGUACUCAUGUUAAACAUGUAUCUGAUCAAAUUAUCAAUAAAUUAAUUGAAAGUGCAUCUAAAAAGGAAAAAGGGAAGAAAAAAUUAAUGAUUAAACCAUUUGAAAUUAGAAAUAAUAUGUUUUUAUUCUUAAAUUGUCUUAUUGAAAAUCCAGCUUUCACAUCUCAAACUAAAGAACAAUUAACUACAAGAGUUGCCCAAUUUGGUGGUAAACCAAGUGAAAAAUUAGUUAUUAGUGAUCAAUUUAUAGCUAAAAUCUUAAAAACAGGUAUUCUUGAGAAAAUUAGAGAAAUUUCUAAUGCAAAUGAAGAUAAAGCCUUACAAAAAGCCGAUGGGUCAAAGAAACUGAGAGUUAAAGGUCAAGUUAAAUUAGUUGAUGCCAAUCGUGCUGGUACGAAAGAUGGUCAUAGAUGUACUUUGAUUUUAACCGAAGGGGAUUCCGCUUUGUCAUUAGCUGUAUCAGGUUUAGCGGUUGUUGGACGUGAUCAUUAUGGUUGUUUCCCAUUAAGAGGUAAAUUAUUAAAUGUUAGAGAAGCAUCAGCUGAUCAAAUAUCUAAAAAUGCUGAAAUCAAUUCCUUAAAACAAAUUAUUGGUUUACAACAUAAAAAGCAUUAUAGUACAGAAAAUAUUAAAACCUUAAGAUAUGGUCAUAUUAUGAUCAUGACAGAUCAAGAUCAAGAUGGUUCACAUAUUAAAGGUUUAAUCAUUAAUUUCUUAGAAACUAGUUUCCCAGGAUUAUUAAAUAUUCCAGGAUUUUUAUUGGAAUUUAUCACUCCUAUUGUCAAAGUCACAAUUAAAGGAGGAAGAGCAAAUAAUAAAAAAAUAUUAUCAUUUUAUACCAUGCCUGAAUUUGAAAAUUGGAGAGACUCUGAAGGUAAAACAGUUAGAUGGACUCAAAAGUAUUAUAAGGGUUUGGGUACUUCUACUCCAGCGGAAGCUCGUGAAUAUUUUUCAGCUCUUGAUAAACAUUUAAAACGGUUCCAUGCCUUACAGGAAGAUGAUAAACAAUAUAUUGAUUUAGCCUUUUCAAAGAAAAAAGCUGACGAUAGAAAAGAAUGGUUACAAGCUUUUGAGCCUGGUACUCAUUUAGAUCCAAACUUAUCUGAAAUUCCAAUUAGUGAUUUCAUUAAUAAAGAAUUAAUUUUAUUCUCAAUGGCUGAUAAUGUUAGAUCUAUCCCAAGUGUUUUGGAUGGGUUUAAACCAGGUCAAAGAAAAGUUUUAUAUGGUUGUUUCAAGAGAAAUUUAAAGAAUGAAAUCAAAGUGGCUCAAUUAGCAGGUUAUGUUUCAGAACAUACAGGUUAUCAUCAUGGUGAACAAUCAUUAGUUCAAACAAUUAUCGGUUUAGCUCAAAAUUUCAUUGGAUCCAAUAAUAUUAAUGUUUUAAAACCAAAUGGUGCCUUUGGUACCAGAGCUGCAGGUGGUAAAGAUUUUUCGGCUGCAAGAUAUAUUUUCACUGAAAUCAGUGAAAUUACUCGUAAAAUUUUCAAUCCAUUAGAUGAACCAUUAUAUACCUACAUGCAAGAAGAUGAACAAACCGUAGAACCACAAUGGUAUUUACCUGUGAUUCCUAUGGUGUUAGUAAAUGGUGGAGAAGGUAUUGGUACGGGUUGGUCGACUAAUAUUCCAAGUUAUAAUCCAAUCGAUUUAGUCAACAAUAUAAGAAAUUUAAUGAAUGGUGAAGAAUUAGAAGAAAUGACUCCAUGGUAUAAAGGAUGGGAAGGUAUAAUCGAGCCUAAUGGAAGCGAUAAAUAUAAAAUAUCUGGUAUUAUUGAACAAGUGGAUGAAUCUACUUUGGAAAUUACCGAAAUUCCAAUUAAGACCUGGACUAAUAACGUUAAGGAAUAUUUAUUAUCAGGAUUUGGAAAUGAAAAGUCACCCGCUUGGAUUAAAGAUAUGGAAGAACAACAUGGUAUUAAUAUUAGAUUUGUGAUUAAAUUAAGUCAAGAUGAAAUGAUUAAAUCUAAAAAGAUUGGUUUAUUAGAACGUUUUAAAUUGAUUUCUUCUAUAAGUUUAGCCAAUAUGGUCGCCUUUGAUCCAUUAGGUAGAAUUAAAAGAUAUGAAAGUUGUUUGGAAAUAUUAAAAGAUUUCUAUUAUGUUAGAUUGGAAUAUUAUCAAAAGAGAAAAGAUUAUCUUACUGAUGAUUUACAAAAUCAAUUAUUAAAAUUAUCAGAACAAGCCAGAUUCAUUAAAUUAAUCAUCGAGAAGAAGUUGAGUGUAUCGAAUAAGAAAAGACAAGAAUUAAUCGAUCUUUUAAGACAAAAUAAAUUCACUCCAUUUAGUAAAGAAAAUAAACCAAUUAAACCUGAAUUAUUUACCAACGAUGAUGAAGACGAAGUCGAGGAAGAUGAAGUUGGAGAUGUUAGUCAAUUAAAUGUUAGUGGAAUUAUUAAUGAACAAGAUAUUAACGAACAUAAACCAGAUACUAUUUAUUCGUCCUAUGACUACUUAUUGGGAAUGCAGAUUUGGUCAUUAACUAGAGAGAGAUACGAGAAAUUAUUGAUCCAAAGAGAUAAUAAAGAAGAAGAAUUAAAGUUAUUAUUAGGUAAGAGUGCGAAAGACUUAUGGAAUCAUGAUUUGGACGUAUUCGUAAAUGAAUGGGAGAAAUUCCUUGACGAUGAUUACAAAGAAAGAGCUGCAAUUAUUCCAAGUAAAGGCAGUAAGAAAACUAGUAAAAGAUCAAGAAAACCAAUUACUAAACCCAAACAAGAAGUGGAAGAGCUUGAUGAUUUCGACGAACCUAUUAGAAAGAAGCCAAAUACAGCUAGGAGUAUUUCAACCCCAAAACCUAAAUCUUCUAAUGUUGCAAUUAAAAAGGAAAUAGUUCAACCAAUCAAAAAGGAGAAACCAAGAGAACCCGAUGUGUUAUCAUUCUUUUCAUCUAGUGUUAGUACUACUCCAGUUAAGAAACCAAGUAUUCAUGAUACGUUUAAGUCAACUACAAAGACUUAUAAGAAGCCAAAAAGUAAACCAUCAACCUUUAGUGACAGUGAUGAUGAUUUAUUGCUUGGGUUAAGUAAUGAGUCAACUCCAAGAAAAAUAGCUUCUGGUAGAUCUGUAACUGCAGAAGAAGUUCAUGAAAUAGAAGAUGAAGACGAAGACGAGCCAAUAAUCACUAAGAGUAAGCCAAUAAUUAAGAGUAAGCCAAAUGCUAGACCUAAACCAGGCUCAAAGGCUGCUUUAUUAGAAGAGUUGGAAGAUUUAGGAGUUACUUCAGAUGAUAUUGAAGAAUCAAGUAAUGACAGAAGACCAAAGAAAAAGGUGAGCUAUCAAAUCAUAGAUAGUGAAGAAGAUGAUGAAGAAAUGUCCAAUGAUGAUGAUGAUAACGAUGAAGAAGAGGAUGAUUAUUAUGAAGAUGAUUGA